AUGAAAAAUGUGCAUCUCAUAUCCGUUAAACCUCGGGACCUGCCCAUCAUUUUCAAACAAGAAUGUCAUCUUUACUUCCAAAGGUGGGUACAUGUUGUUUGUGCCUUGUACGUUCCUGGGGUUGCAUUUUCUGAUGUUGCCAAGCUGAGAUGGGUUACGCUUUCUGAGAUGGCUCCAGCAAAGUGGGGAGCAAAGUCAUGCAGCUACUGUGAAGAUGAAAGGUUUAGCCAAACAGGAGUAGCUAUCAGCUGUGAUGCAGGAAUGUGUAGAAACUUCUUUCAUGUUACAUGUGGACAGAGAGAAGGAUUGUUAUCAGAGGCUUCAAUUGAUGAGGCGAUAGCAGACCCAUUCUACGCUUACUGCAAGCUUCAUGUUGAGAAGGGCAUCCGUCGUUACAAGCGUCAGAACUGGCUUGCUAUCCAAUCCAAUCAGAAGCAAGCAAGCUCAGUCAAUCAGCGUUUGGCUGCCCUGCCCGAUCGAGUACAUGCAAAAUUUCUCAGAUUCCAAGACCAGUACAAGGCUAUGAGAAGGUUGAAGCCAGAUCCUUGGAUACCCCCAGAGAAGGUUCCCCGGGCCCUGACCACCAGCGCGUCGGCCUGUAGGCGUCUCAUGCGGAAGGCAGAACUGAUGGGCUUUACUGUUGACAGCAUGAGGGCUGCUCAUGUGAGACACAAGAGUAGUCAGCAGGUCAGCAGAAAGUGGCAUAUCCCUCCAGCAUUCUCUGCAGAGUUUGUCAAUUACUGUAUUGAUCGAGAUGAGAGGAUGAAUACCUUUAAGUCUCGUCUCAAUGAUUUGAUGAAGCAGAAUGAGAAGCUUCAAUCUCUUGAAAGUCAGUUACGCACCAAGUAUGAUCGGCUUUCUGUGCAAGUAGCAGAGCUACGGUCUUCUCAAGCUGAGAGCCGUAGUGAUGUGGAAACCAUGUGGAAAACAUUGGGAACACUGGCAGGAAAGAAGUUGCAGCAACCUCAAGUCCUCAGCCUUCCACGAAUUCGAAAGACACCACCUAAGAGAGAAGAAAAAGAAGAGCUGAAAUCUCCAGGGGUUAUUCAUCUGUGUGGUAUUUGUGAACAGUCCCAUGACCAGCAUCUUUUAGUGCUAUGUGAUAUCUGCAAGAAAUACUACCACAUGGGAUGUUUGGACCCACCCCUGACACGCCUACCAAAGAAGAGUGCUUUCAGUGCCUGGCAAUGUUCAGAGUGUGUAAGCAGUAGCAGUGACGAAAGUGAGGGAGAAGAAAGUAAGGAAGUGGAAGAGGAGCCAAGACGCAAGAGACGUAUCAUCAAGGAGCCUCUCAAGUUUACCACUCAGUACACAGACUUCCCUACUAUCAAAAGGGUCACCAAACCAAAGGGAAAAGUAAAUAGCAGGACGGCAGCAAAAAGGAAACAACUCAACAUGGAUAAUAAUGAUGAUGUACAGCCUGAACCAACUCCAAAGGCAAGGAGCAAGUCAAGAUGAUGAACUUCUGAAGCAUACAAGUAAUAGUGGCAUAAUAAAGAAAGUGUUCAGUGGCAGCACCAGGGUAUUUUGUUAUGGGCAAUGAGAAGCCCCAGAGGUUAAUAUGAAGUAUUUGUUAAUAUCAAAUAUAGGGGUAUUGUAUUCUUACAUACAACAGAGCCAUGUGUUUCCCCAUACCUGUUGGACUUUGGCUCCGUAACACAGAUUAGCAAUCAAUCGAUAAAUGGCAAAAAGAGAGAGAGAGAAAUCCUUGGCUUUGAUUGGCUGAGAAGUCGUCAUUUUACUGUAGUAACCGUUUUUCUAUCGCAACUUACAGAAAUGGGUAUACUUUAUUGUAAUCCAAGUCCCUGACAUUGCCAACUUGUAGUAUUCAGUUAAAAGCUUCUUUUUAAUUUUGGUUAAUCCCCCUAAAAGUGUUGGCCACUCUUCAAAUUAUUUACAUUAUAAUUAUG